AUGAGUGGAAGCAGGAAACUCCCAAAGGGCCAAAACCGUGUGGUUCCGGGUCUGUGUGGCACCCAGGCCUCACACUGGUGGCACCAUGACAUGAAGUCUGGGCAGAAGGCCAACUCCCAGCAUGCUCCGGGGCAUCCAUUGGACAGAUACGAGUGGAAGACAUCUGCACAAAGAAAAAUGGUUGCCCCUGAGGACAAAGGCCACCGGGGCCUGCUCAGCCUCCCCAUGCACAACACCAUCACGUGUUCAGGUGGCAGAAAUGGCGGCUGUCCUGCUACCAGCAGGUAUUCAGGCUGUGAAGACCAAGAGUGGCCCAGCUCCACCCACAGGCUCCUCCCCUUCCUCAGGUCGCUGUCAGAGCCAGGAACAGGUACCCACUCAGAGAGAGCGGCGCUCAGGAAGGUAGGCUCAGACGCAGAGCGACGGCUUCCCUCGGUCAGCGGCUUCCUGACCUCGUGGUCUCGCCGGAUCAGCCGAGCGGUCUUUGACGAAGCCGAGCGUGACAAACAAGUGUCCGGGGUUUUUAGCAAACGUCUGAAAGGGUCCAUCAAGAGGACGAAGAGUCAAACCAAAUUGGACAGAAACACCAGCUUCAGGCUACCGUCCCUCCGGCCUGCAGACGCAGACAGACUGCACGGGCUUCCCAAGUUAAAGGAGUCCAGCUCCCAUGAGUCUUUGCUGAGCCCCGGCAGCGCGGUGGAGGCUCUGGACCUGAGCAUGGAGGACGACGUCUUCGUCAAACCUCUGCACAGCAGCAUCCUGGGACAGGACUUCUGCUUCGAGGUGUCGUAUUCAGGAGGAAGUAAGUGUUUCAGCUGCACGUCGGCCUCAGAGAGAGACAAGUGGAUGGAAAACCUGCGGAGGACGAUUCAACCCAACAAGGAUAACUGCCGGCGAGAGGACAACCUGCUGCGACUGUGGAUCAUCGAAGCCAAAGAUCUGCCACCUAAGAAGAGAUACUUCUGUGAGCUCUGCCUGGAUGACGUUCUGUAUGCCCGAACCACCAGCAAGACUCGUCAUGACAGCCUGUUCUGGGGCGAGUACUUCGACUUCUCCAGCGUGCCCGCCGUGCGUAGCAUCACUGUGCACAUCUACCGCGACGCUGACAAGAAGAAGAAGAAGGACAAAAACAACUACGUGGGCCUGGUCAACAUCCCGGUGUCCGGAAUGACAAGCCGGCAGUUUAUGGAGAAGUGGUACCCAGUCAGCACGCCGACGGCCAGCAAGGGCAAAGGAGGCGGGCCAUCGAUCCGCAUCAAAUCCCGCUUCCAGACCAUCACCAUCCUGCCCAUGGAGCAGUACAAAGAGUUCGCAGAGUUCAUCACCAACAACUACGGCAUGCUGUGCUCGGUUCUGGAGCCUGUCAUCAGUGUGAAGAACAAGGAGGAGAUGGCCUCAGCCCUGGUCCACAUCCUGCAGAGCACCGGCAGGGCAAAGGUCAGACACACCUGCCAGUCACACAUCCGUGCGGGUUGA